AUUUCUUCUUGUAAUUAAAUUUCUACUUUUAGAUUCUAUAAGCUAGUAUUAUUCUCUACUUAUGGCUUCUAUCGUAGUUGUAGUCUAGUGAUUACUGCUAUAGUCCCUAGUAAGUUAUUAAAACUAACUAAUAAAUUAUCUUUUAUUCUGCUUUUUGCUUUUUUCUUAAUAAACUCACCGCUAGAAUAUUAGACCGAGUUGCUUUAAUUAAGUCAUCAAUGACACUAACAAAUAGACCAAUGGCGACGAGCUGUACACGUUGCAGGGCCCGUAGAGUACGCUGCAAUGGUAAACAACCCUGUAAUGCCUGUAUAAAACGUGGUGAUGAUUGUCUAUUCUCUGAGAAACGUAAACCAGGUUUGAAGAAAGGCGCGGGCAAGCAAUUAGAAAUGCGAGUAGCUGAGUUAGAAGAGCAACUAUCGUUCUAUCAGAAUCACCAUAGUCAUGAUAGUACAUCACCUUCGAUAUCAACGUCAUCAGCUUUCUUUACUGACAAUUACACUCUCAAUCAAUCAACAGUUACUCAAAUUGUAGAACUUUUCUUUCACACUCUACACUUGCAAACACCCUUCUUGAACAAAAGUAAGCCUAUCCUGAGGUUGACUUUAAAUGCAAUCAUUUACUCUACUUUGACAUUCAUUAAAUCUGACUACAUUUGCCCUUUAACUGCAAUAACUCUUCCACUCGGAAUUGAAGAACAGGCCAGUCGAUCUCGCGAUAUCGUCCUAAACGAAUCAAAUAAUUCUUUAGAUAUCGAUACAAUCCAAGCACUCAUUAUACUGUCUUGGAAUUCCUUAAGAGAUGGUCACAACCCUGUUAGUUGGAGCCACCUCUUCUCGUUAUCUCGUAUUAUCAAUUUGAUAUUCAAGACCCGUAGAUCACCUUUCAUGCAAUCUACACAACUUAUUAGCAUUACAACAGAUGACACAUCAACUGCAUUUGAAGAAUCAAAGAGACUUUUCUGGUCUGCCUUCAUAAUAGAUAGAUUGGCGAGCUUUACAACAGGCUGGUCAUUUGGAAUAAACAAUAAUCAGAACGUUGAAUUACCUUACUAUAAUUUAGAACUAGAUGGUGAUAACCGUCGGGCUAUAGAUGGAUUCAGAAGUUAUGUCGAGUUGUUCCUUCUUAACGAUGACAUACACUCAUUGCUUUCAACUGAAGUGAACCUUUCCAAUCAACAGGAAGUUGAGGACUGGCGUUCGAUUCACAAAGACAUCUCAGAGCGUAUAGAAUCUUUAAUACCACCUACGAACAGUCUUCCUGAAGUUAUCUUACUUUACAAUUCAACAGUUCUGCGUCAUCAUUCACCAUAUGCAUACCCACCACUAACUACACCUAUAUUUGAAGCUAGUGAGAAUUCACGUAGUGUAUGCGCCCAAGCAGCUAACCAAGUGAACGUCAUAGCAUCAAAAUUAACUGCUGAAAUGACAGAUCAAAAUAUCUACAAUCCUGAAUUGAAAGGUAUAACAUCUUCGCCUAUUUUCGUAUGGAACAUUUGGGUAGCCGCCCGUAAUCAUUUACUCGCAUAUUCUAGUGCACAUGAUACUUCACAAGGUCUUCCAAUUGAAUUCUACACACUGGUUCAAUCACUUAGAGUUUUAGAACCAACAUCAAGACUUGCUAACGUAUAUGCAAAUGUAUUAGAUAAAAUAAGUAGCUGUAAUCUAGAUACAAACAUUCUAGCAACCGCCAGAACUUCUUUUACUGUCUUGAAGGACGCCAAUGAUCUUACAAAGACUUCAAUUUUCACAACAGAUUUAGACAUUCUCUUUAAGGAUAUUUUUUCAAACAUUGUAUAAACAACAUAUUGGAUAAAGUGUAUAAUUUCG